AUGGCCACUAAAUGGUCUUUGAUUCCCCAGGGAAAGUCGAACUCUUCACCAUUAACUUGGCCAUGGAAUUCAACACCUGCCACCAACUUACUAGUCGCCAACUCCAUACGGACCCUAAAAACAUUAGCAAAACUCCCAUUCCAGCCUGUCUCUCUAGAAGAAGUAAAUAACAUCAUCAAGCGCCUACCAUGCAACAAAGCUCCGGGAUCCGAGGAUAUUUCCAACACGACUCUCCGAUACUUCUCUGACAAUACCCUCUUGACGUUGACCAAAUGUUCAACUGCUGCUCAUAUAUCAAUACUUUUCUACUCCAGGAAAUCAGCCAUAGUUAUAAUGAUCUGA